AUGGGUUUCGCUGCCAAACUCGCAGCUAGUCAGCAGAAUCAGCAGAACCAACAACCCCAGCAAAACCAACCAAGUCAAGACCAGACCAUGAGUGGUAGCUACAGCGGCGCUCCCCCAACGGGAUAUACAGGUGGCCCUCCUCCCUCUGCAUUGCGGGCUGGUGGAUAUCAACAGCAACAGCAACAGCAGCAGCAGCAGUACCAGGCUUAUCCUGGAUCCCCUCCUCCUCCUCAGGGCUCGGCCACUACUCCCAACAGGGAUAUCAGCAAUAUCCUCCGUACGGUGGCUCACCUGCUCAGCCAUACCAGCCCUACAGUCCUCCGCCUGCCGGUUCCUACAACAGACCUCCUCCGCAACAGCCCACCGGCUACCCCGCACCGCAAGGUCAGCAGGGCCAGGGCCAAAGUCAAGGUUAUGCACGUCCAGCACCGCCGCCACCGCAGGGUCAGCCUUAUGGAUCAUCGGGAUCGCCCUACCCCGGACAACAGGCUCCUUAUCCGGGACCCUCCUCGUCGCCCUACCCUCCCGGACCGCCUUCGCAUUCACCUUACCCUGGACAACAAGCGCCGCAUCCUGGAGCCCACUCCCCUUACCCUGGACAGCAACCACCCUAUCCAGGCACCUCCUUCCUACCCUCCCCAGGGCGCUCCUCCAUCUGGAUAUCCCCCUCAAGGCACCCGCCCCGGCCCUUCACCUGGACCUCCCGGUGGCCAGUAUGGUGCUCCCGGCGGUGCCCCUCCGCCCCAGGCUCCUGCAGCCACUCCGCAACAAGUCGCAGCAUAUCGCCAGCUGUUGAUUAGUACAAUCCAAGAGAAGAACCUGCAGUCUUUCUACCCACCAGAGCGCCUGGACCGCCUGGUACAGAGCCUGGUGAACGAGGCACCGGGAAAACUCCAAAGACUCAUCCACGAAUGGGCUGUGCCGAUGGAAGUCGCGACAGAUGUCAUGAAGCUCUCUCUAUUUGACGUGAUUCUCUACGUGGACGAUAGUGGCUCAAUCGAAUUUGAGGAGAAGGGUCUGCGCAAGGAUCAGUUGAGACAGAUUCUCGGUCUCGUUGCCACGGCCGCGUCUACCUUCGACCAGGACGGUAUCUCGGUGCGAUUCAUGAACUCGACCGAGAGCGGUGAUGGAAUCCGUAACGCCGACGAUGUCAACAACUUGGUCAACCGGGUUCGCUUCGCAGGAUUGACUCCUCUCGGCACGAACCUGAGGAGCAAGGUGAUCGACCCGAUGAUCGUAGGCCCGGCCCGCGCCAACCGUUUGGACAAACCUGUGCUGGUGAUCACUAUUACCGAUGGACAGCCGGCCGGUGAGCCCCACGGUGCUGUGGGUGAUGCCAUUCGCUAUGCCGUCGAGGAGACUUCACGCACUCGGUACGGUCGUGGGUCGGUUUCGUUUCAAUUCUCGCAAGUCGGAACUGAUCAGCGCGCCCGCGAGUUCCUCGGAGAUCUGGAUGAAGAUCCGCAGAUCGGCCAUCUGAUUGAUUGCACCUCGAACUUUGAAGUUGAGCAGGAUGAGAUGUCUCGAGCCAAUCCGCCUAUCCACCUGACUCGUGAGCUUUGGUGUGCCAAACUCAUGCUCGGAGCCAUCGACUCUUCUUAUGACACUAAGGAUGAGAAAAGCUCACGUUCUGGACCACCACCUCCGCAGCAGGGCUCCUACGGCGGAUACAACCAGCCGCCGCCAGGGCCCGGACCAUCUGGGCCUGGAGCCGGAGGGUAUGGGGCACCACCCGGGGCACCACCCCCAGGCUAUCCUCCCCAGGGCCACAGCCCACAGCCCGGCUAUCCCCCUCAACAUCAACAACAGCCCUCGUACUCCGGUGCGAGUCGACAAGCCCCAGGAUAUGGACCGCCACAGCAACAGCCGUAUGGAUAUGGCGGGUCAUCGCCGCACCCUUCAGGAGGCGCACCAGGGUAUCCGCCGGCUGGCGCGUAUCCUCCGCCACCGCGUCGUUAUUAG